AUGGCUCCAGAAUACCAGAAUCUUUUGGGAAAAGUAGCGUUGGUGACAGGGGCCGGGCGCGGUAUUGGCAGAGGCAUUGCUCUGGAACUGGCGAAGAGAGGGGCUUCAGUCGCCAUCAAUUAUGCACACAGUGCAGAUGCUGCCAAUGAAUUGGUUCAGGAGAUUGAAAGCAGUGGAGUGGAAGCUGGUGCAUUCAAAGCAAAUCUGAACAAUCUCGAGGAGAUUGAAAGUCUUUUUACUGCAGUUGUUUCUCGCUUUGGUCAACUUGACAUUGUUAUUUCUAACGCAGGCCAGGAGAAAUUCCUCCCCCUGGAAAAGACUACCUUGACCGACUUUGACGAGGUAUUUAAUCUCAACACGCGAGGUCAAUUCUUUGUUGCGAAAAAUGCCCUCGAACAUCUCCAGCCCGGCGGACGUGUGGUUUUGAUGUCAUCAAUUGCGGCCGGAGUCGGGGUCGCGGGGCAUGCCCUGUAUGCCGGAAGCAAGUCCGCAGUGGAAGGAUUCACCCGCUGCUUUGCUGCAGACUUUGGGGUCAAACGGUGCACAGUCAAUGCGAUCGCACCGGCUGGAGUCAAAACAGAUAUGUGGACAGCGAAUUCCUGGCGAUACGCACCGGGAUGUGACCAGAGCAGCUCCCUCCAAGACAUUGAGACAGCAUUAGCCAAUGGCAGCCCACUGAAACGCUGCGGAGUGCCUAGUGAUAUAGGACGUAUCGUGGCAUUCCUUGCUAGCCCUGAAAGUGAAUGGAUCAAUGGUAAGAAACAAUCCAUUGCGUUUCAACUCAUCAUGGCUUGCCUGAUCGAAACUGACUUUGCACUAUUUGUUUACUACAGGACAGGUCAUUCCCGUGAAUGGUGGGGCCAAUAUUUGAUUUGA